UAAUGCCAACGACGUGAAAUUCUUUUGUUCUUGCACAGGCUUGUUCUUUCGGCUUUUGGUUUGGUGGUAUGAUCUAUCGCCGGGCUCAUUCACAGAUAAAUGAACAUAACAUACCUACGUACAGGUGGACCCUGUAGUUGAUCACAACCUGUCGUCCCACAAAAAAAAAUGACGUCUUCAAGUUCGAGCCGAAAUACUCCUCCUCCUCCCGCGCGGUUUCUGAAAACCAAUCACUGCUGGCCCGGGGUGCACAUCGAGCGGUUCUGUUUCGACAAAGAUCCGUCUUGGGCGCUCAGCCGCCCGGAAAGACUGGAGGAAGUGUACCCCAUUGAAGAGGUGGACCUCCUGGAAGAAGAAGAUACGAGGAACUACCCAAGUAGAACUACUUUUUCUGCUGCGGAAAUAAAGGAACGGUACUACGCAGAUCUUUUACCUGAUUACGCGUUUCAAGACGGGAUUUUCAACGUGGUGAACAAACACGCUAGGAACGUCUGCUUCCACGUCACGUUUCAACUCCCCGGAGCUCGUGGACAAGCAGACGAGAAGGGGGAGAAGAUUUUUAGGAGGUGCAGCAGUGGUGGCACCUCCCGUAGUACCGACGUUCUUGUAUCUAAAGAUGUGGACGACGACGAGAUCUUCUUUGGAGAGAAACAGCAGGACAAGAACUAUUUUCCUAUCAACUGGCCGGCGGUGUUAAGACCGCCAAAAAGGAGAACGGAAAAGAGUUCUUUCGGGGGCGAAAGUCAUAAGAAUUUACACCUGCUCGACGGCGGCUAUGUCCUGUUAGAGUCCUGCCCCGCACAGGUUGAGGAAGAGGAUGAUGCUCUGCUUGCUGGAGAGGGAGAAAAUGACAAGGAAAACGAAAAUCAUACCGGUGUAGAGAAGGAGAGGGAGCACGACAGGCCUGACAUCGACCACGUCGAGGGGAAGCCAGAGCACAUGAUCAUGACAUCGACCAAAAAAAUAAAAGCCUCCACCGUGAUCACCCUCGUGCUCUACCUGCCCCCGUUUUCAAUUUGCGAGGUUUGUGCGUUCCCGGGUUUCAUUCCCAACACUCCUGCGGGUCGCUACGAAAACUUGCUGGAAGCGUUCGCAGAAACCGGGAAGGUGCCGUUUGGGGCAAAGGUUGUUGGAAGUCCGGCCUCAGUUCCGGAGGAAGAGGAGGAGGAGGUGGAGUCUGACGAGGAUGAGUUUUCCCCUCCGCCUUACACCCUUGCACCGGAUGUCCAAAUCGAAACCAACAUUUCCUUUCAGAAACAAAUCGACAAAAGCCAGUACAACACAACUCCGAAACGAGUUCUCACCGACUGCCGAUUUGAUUUUCCGGUCUUUCCGCUGAGACGGAGAGGUAGUAGUUCUCCAGAAGAUCUUCAUUGUCAUUCCGAUUCCCUCCAGGCGGUGGAAUUGCAGGAAGGCAAUGUAGUUGACCGCCGCUCAUCAAAUAGCACUCCUGCGCAAGCUAUCAAAUGCAAAAAUGUCUGGGUCUGGAAGAGUGCAGGAGUUUGUCAUGCAGAUUGUGCAUGACCCAUGAGGUCUGUGAUGCAUGCUGUAGCAUCAGAGAUUCUGCGAGGGCUUUCUGAUGCUCGUACCGCAUGAGGGAAGCCCUCUCCGCGUAGCAAAAAUUGCACCUCUGUUGCUGUUCAUGCAAUACAAAUCUUUUUUAGAAUCCAAAGCCAGCAUCACAAGUUGCAACCUUCCAGACCCAGACAUAUUUGCAAUGCAUACAAGCAAAAGAAGUAGAGCGAUUCCCGUGCAGCCAGGGUUUCGGCGGAACCCUGACCCACGGCCAGGACCCGUCGACCUUUUAUGCGGUGGACUUCGACUAUCAAAUGCAAAAGUGUCUGGGUAUGGAAACUUGUGAUGCUAAAAUGUGGAUGAUAGAAACAGUUCCGAAUGCAACCCAGCAUGACAACUUUCCAGAACGCUUUCUCAUAGGCAAUCCGCAUGAGAAACUGCGUUCUUGCAUGUACAAAAGAGGCCGCGACUUUUGUUUGCUAUGCAAUACAGAAUUCCUAGGUAUGGAAAGUUAGCAUUUUUACAAGUUCCAACCUUCCAGACCCAGACAUAUUUGCAAUGCAUAUCGACGCCGAAGUUGGGACGGAGGUGGUUUCCCUGGUAAACGGAACAAUUGUGGAGGUCCGGGGAGGAAACGAAAAGUUCUGCGGGCCACACGUGCGGAACCUGUGGAAAUGGAACGAGAUCGCAAUCCAGUUUGACGGCGGUGCCACGGGGAAUGAUAGCAAGAAUUAUAGUUUUGGCUGUGUAGAUGAGCAGACGUCCAGGAGGAGCUGUUCUGCAGGUCCUGGCAAAAAUGCAAAUCCUACAUGCUCAAAAACUACAUCUGUCGAAUUGUCGCCAGCACCUUCUUCUCCGAAAUUUUUAUCCAAUAAACAGUACCGCAUUGAGUACGUGCACUUGGACAAAAUUUUCGUCAAAGUCGGUGACAAAGUUUCGAUUGGGCAGAAGAUUGGCACGUCGGGGCAAGCGGGGUUCACGCCGACGCCGCACUUGCACCUGCAGGUAAACGAGGUUCUUCCAGUAGUUGAGGAUGAAACGACAGUUGAUGGACCAUCGGGUAUUCAUAAUUCCGAGAUAAAAGAUGAACCCACAGCAGCUUCUAUCGGGCGCUCGGUCCCGUUCGCCAUCUGCGGCGAGACGAAUUUCUGUCCUGGGUUUCGAUACCCGGGGGCAAAGCCGGAUCCUGCGUACUGUGAUGAUGAUAAGCAGGAGGUGGCGGGAAAAAACGAAGAGAAACAGAAGGUCAAGGAGCCCAAAAUAAGCCCGACUGUGUCCUCUUCACGCAAGAAGAAGAAGGGGAGGAAGGGCGGAGCGUAAGUUCUCGAAGCGACAAAAAGUGAUAGUUUAUUCUUCCUUCAAGCAACGAAACGACGAGGAGGUCUUUGCAGCUUCAAAUGCAAAGCCGUGCUGCGCCUCAUGAUGUUGCACUCGAGCAGCAAAACACCGGCUGAUUGGCAAAGCGACAGCGUUUCCCGAUUAUUCUCCUAUCCCUAACAAUUCAAGCGACAAUAUCAACUCAUACGGUCUAGUACAACACUAGAGCUGGUGCGAUUAUCUUCGAAAAGAGUACGGCCGUGACGAUAACC